AUGAGACAAUCUAUUGCUUUGGCGCUUUUAUUUUCGCCCUUCGCUAUUGCGGCUCCUUCAAAGGCGAAGCCAUCAUGGUCAGGAUGGAAGGGCGUCAAAUACUUUUUUGUAUUUGGCGAUUCCUAUACUCAAACAGGUUUCAAUGUGAAUGGGACCCAGCCGAAUCCCGCAAAUCCUAUGGGCAACCCAGACUAUCCGGGAUGGACUUCAGCAAAUGGACCAAAUUGGGUUGAUUUCCUUACAUACACUUACAAUGAGAGCUACAUUCAAACGUACAACCUUGCUUAUGGGGGUGCUACAGUGGAUGGCGCUCUUGUAACUCCAUACGCGCCCACUGUUCUCUCCCUCAAAAACCAAGUCCAAGACGAGUACCUUCCUGCGUACGGCUCCCAUCCGAAAGUCGCACCCUGGACUUCCAGCAACUCGCUAUUUGCCUUCUUCAUUGGCAUCAACGACGUUGGGAACUCCUGGUGGCUCAACAACGCCACGCUCUAUGAUAUGAUCUUUGCCGAAUACGAUAGUCUGCUAGAACAAGUCUGGAAGACCGGAGCCCGCAACUUCUUAUUCAUGAGCGUACCGCCUGUGCAGCUCGCCCCUCUCACGUUGGCUAACGGCAAUUGGUCAAUAGAAAACGAGGGUACUGCCAUUAAGAACUGGAACUCAAGACUGACGAACCUCUCAACGACCUUCAAGAAUCGGCAUAAUGACAUCACGAAUGUGUUUGUACACAAAACAUAUGAGCUCUACGAGACUGCUCUCGAAAAUCCCAAGUCUUUCCCCCAAACAAGUGAUAUUAAGAAUACAACCGCAUUUUGUGAUGCGUACCAGAAUGGCACACCAACCUGGUAUUACUUCAACUCCACAUGCGGUCUUCCCGUCAAUGACUAUUUCUGGCUGAACAGCUUGCAUCCAACUUUUCCAGUACAUAAUGCCACUGCAGCCUCGAUUGUGCAGUACCUAGAUUCUGUGGCUCCUGGUCACUAA